AUGCCUUCCAUUGGCAAGGACAUCCUGGACCUCAUAGAGGGAAUGGAGAAACAUCCCAAAAGCCAAAACAUCCAGAAAUGCCACCGGCUGCUGGACAGCAUACAGACUUUGAAGCCGUGGAUUCGGAGAGCGAUGGAGCCGCCGCUGCAGCCCAGCCCGCCGGCUCUGGCCAGCUUCUACAGGUUGAAAGUCGCACUGAGGGAAGCCAGCGGGCUGGUGGCUCGCGCCGGCUCCAUGGGGAGCCUUGCUGCAUUCGUCCAGGCGGACGAAGUGAAAGACGAAUUUACGUCCGUGUCAAGGUGGCUCGCAGACUCCAUUGCAGACGUCCAUCUGAAGGAAUUAGGCUUCCAGGAUGGUGCUGGUGUUCAAUUGGAUGCUGAGGGUCUGGCGGAGCAACUCAGGGGAAUGGAGUACGAACUGGAGCUGAGCAACGAAAAGCUGAGGCGGUACAAAGAGAUGCGCAGCAUACUGGGUGAAAUGAGCACAAAGAGAACCAGCCCUGAGGAAGGGACUGCUCUUUUGUCAGAGCUUUUUGGUGACGUCUUUGGGGAAAACAAAAUCAAGGAGGAACUCCUGACAUUCUUCGACGAGAUCGCAAGUGCGAUCUUCAGGGCCAGGGCGAGGCCCUUGGGAAGUUUGGACGCCCAUCUGGACGAGACCUCUUUGGGGAGAGUCCAACAGGCAAUCUGCGACCUGAUGACUCCAAAAACCCCCAGCACACCUCCGCAGAACAGUGAAAUUCCCGCCGAUUUGCUGUGCCCCAUCACCCACAAGCUGAUGGAGAAUCCCACCAUGCUUGUGGAAACAGGGCACACCUACGACGCGGAAGCCAUCGAGAACUGGCUGGCGCAGGGGAACAGAACCUGCCCGACAACUGAGCAGCCUUUGUCAUCCACCAAGACGGUUAUCAAUAUCGCUAUCAAGCGUAUGGUUGAAGAUUGGAAGGAAAAGAACCUUGAUUAUGGGGUUCCUUCACCUACGGCGUACAACCGAGGGCACCAAACUCCAGAGCCCCCUGGUCCACCUGGUCACAGCAGCACCAAUCUCAAGCUGAACCACCUGGCGUCGUGGGUCUCCGAGGCGGCAUUGCGGAAUCUCUUUCAAAAGUAUGGCACUGUCACAUCCUGUAUCGUGAGGCCGCCCAACCACCCUUCCGGCCACAAGUUCGGUUUUGUGGAGCUUGCCACCACGGAGCAGGCGGAAGCGGCGAUAGCGGGCAUGAAUGGGUACCUCAUGGGAGACCUCAAGAUGGAGGUCAAAUUCGCGAAGAUUGGCGGCCGUGGGCACCCGCAGGCGCAGGGGCGCGCCCGAGGCAGCAGUCCGUACAGCACCGGCAGGGAUAGCAGACGCCGUGGAGAGUCGUCGUCCCAUACACCCGCACUUGACCCCAAGGAAAAACGCAACUUGUACGUGAACCAUCUCCCUCAUUGGGUGGACGAGGCGCAGCUGAAGAACCUCUUUCAGGAGCAUGGCACAAUCACCUCUAGCCGGCUGAUGAACCAGCAUCCUGGCGAAAGCACCAAAUACGGGUUUGUGGAGUUUGCGACAGUGGCCCAGGCCAUGGCGGCCAUCGACAGGCUGAACGGCUACUCCAUGGGCGAUCAGAAGCUUGUAGUAAGGACGGCCAAGUGCAAGCGCGAAGCGCCUUCCAGUGAACCGCCUCCGCAAGCGGCGCACACUGGAGGGGCGAAACUUUACAUCAACGGGUUUCCCCCGCAGUGGAGCGAGAAAGACCUGGAGUCCGUGUUCAAGACGGCCGGUAAUGUGCGAGAGUGUCGGGUGGUCCGCCGAAACAACGAGGGCGGCGGGGCGUAUGGAUUUGUGACGAUGGGAAGCGCGGAGGACGCGGCAGAGGCAAUUGAAGUCUGGCACAACAAAUGUCAUAGGGACUGCACCAGGCCUCUGAAUGUGAGGUAUGCAAACACGCCGGGAACCAGGGGCUGGUAG